GAGCAAAAACGAGAUUUCGGGUCAGAAGCAGUUUUUCGAGAGUGGGCUUGGGCGUCAAUAUUCGGGUCAGAAGCAAUUUUGAGAGAAUGGGUUGACCGUUUGUAUUUGCUCCUUCUCCCGCGCACUCCGUCUCCGCACCGUCUCCACAGCGUCUCCGCACUGCGCCGCACAACAACUGUCUUCUCACUGGCAGGGUCUGCAUUGUAGAUUGCGAAGGGUUUAUUGUUGUAGGUUGUGUUGUCACCGGCCACGCGAACGGAUUUUGGAGUGGUUCGUCUGGCGUAGGAAGAUAGCAUAAGAUAGCACAGUGUGGGUAUGCGGAAUCUCUGUUGCAGCUAAACCUUGAAAGGGUUAGGGUUUGCGGACAGGGAGGGCGUUUGCUGUGGAGGAGUUGAACCGUUUUUGUUUGGUGUUUCUCCGGCGCACUCAGUGGAAGAUCCUCUUCUCUCCGCAUAGUCGCCUUUUUGGUUCCCGCCGGCAAGGUGUUCAGUGUUGUAUUGUCACCAUCAAGUACAGCGGUUUUUGGAGUGAAAGGGAGUUCUGACGAAGCAUAUCCUCCAUUAGUCAACCACUGUUUUGAAAGGCCGCAGUUCUACGAAGGACCGGCUUUGUAGCAGAUUGUAGGUUUUCCCCAGAGAAGAUCUGGUACAUUGAUCAGAUGCUCAAGGUUCUGUCCGAGGAAUUUUAAGUAAGAUGUCUAGCAAACGUGAACGCAAAUGUAUUCCAGAAGCAGGCAAUAAGGGAAAGAAGAAGAAGGUGGUGGAAAAUGUUGAUCAGGUGCGAAUUGUGCAUAGGUGCGAAAGCAAGUACAUUGUUGAAGUAAACAAUGUACUAAAAGCCACCCACCGUAAACGGAUUCAGGCAACACCAUUUAGAUGGUGUUUGGAGGUGGACAACGCAUUGGAAAUAAAUUGUCCUUUGUUGAGGGAAGUGUUGCGUAGAUGGGUUCCACAAGGGGAAUAUAUUCGUGUAGGUCAGCAUUUGGUGGGGUUAUCGGUUUAUGAUGUUUGUGUAUGCUUAGGUCUUAGUAUGGUUGGUAAAUGUGUUGAAUUUGAUGAUGAUGUAAGUGGGGUAGUAGGUUCACUUUUUGAGAAGAAACCAAUCACCUUGCGAGACAUAAUUAAGAAGAUUAAGAACCUAGUGGUUAGUGAUGAUGAUGUAGAGAAUGUGUGUAGGUUGUAUCUGUUACUUUGUUUUAUUGUAUUUUAUUUUCCUAGGACAUCUAGGACAGUGACCAAUAUGCCUUUCAAAGUGUUAGACAACGUUGACAACUUAAGCGAAUAUAAUUGGGCAGAGUCAGUGCAUAGUUUUUUGAUCUCUGCACUCAAUCGUGGAUGUAAGGUUGUACGAGAAAAGAUAAAUACUCGUAGCCUUAACUUAGCCGGAUCUGUUGUAGUUGUUCAGGUUUUGGCUGCUCGUCGUCUUGGCUUAGAAGAUGUAGAGGGGGAGGUUAAAUUCCCAAGAUUUCUGCGGUGGCCCUCCGUGAAGAUUAGGACACCUAAUAUUGGCUCUGUAUUACUGUUGAAAGAAGUUGCUAUAUUUAGACCUUUUGGGUACCUCAACAUCACACUUAGGAACAUUGUCAAGGUUUUCAAGUAUGACAUCACUCAUCCCACUGAAGAAGAAGUUCAAACUUCUAUGCCUGUGGUGCGACUUAACUAUGCUGUGAAACAAAAUGUGGAAACUGAUGCCCAGCCUAGUAAAAAUUCCAGUCCAAACGCAAAUGUCAACACAAAUUUCGGACCCAAUUUGCAUCCCAACGUGGAGCCUACUAACACGGCUAAUGUGGAGGACAUACUGCAGAUGAUGGUUCCUCCAUCCACAAAUAUUCCAUGUGUUGAGGUUGGGGAGAGUUCCAAAGUUCAAUCUUCUGUUCUGGAUAAUAUAUCACUCACCUAAGUCAUGAGUCUUUAAUGUAUUCAAUUUUUAGGUUAUUUAUUUUUAACUUGAGUGUUUUUGAUGUUGAUUUUAAUUUUCAUGGCACUGUUGGAAUGAUCAACUACAACUAUGAUAUUAAACUUAUUUUAUCACUGUGAUAUCCAUU